CCUCGCUGGCCUGGGCCCUCACGGCGCUGCGCCUGGUCGAGGAGCUCCCCCCGGACGCGUCGAUGCCCGAGAUGUUGCUGCAUUAUCGAUGGGCACCCUGAGCACGGAGUGCCUGUCCAUCUGCGGCGCGGAGGUGCUGUGGCAGCCCAGGCCGACGCCCAUCGGCCACGCCGAGGAGUGGGUCCAGCUCAUGACGCUCACCUUACCCCAUCGGUGGCCGACCCGGCGGAGCCCUCGAACGCCAGCGGUGUUGCUGGGCCGGCUGGGCCAGGCGCGUCGCCGCGCGGCGGGGCGACCCACAGUCUUACGCCCCCGUCGAUACCCCCCGCCCUGGCGGUGCUCUACCUCGCCGAGCUGGGCCUGGCCAAGAAG